AUGGCUGUCCCCAAAGCGAAGGGCUAUCGGCCAAGAUGCUUCUUUGAUGUUCAAAUAAAUGGAUCUCCAGGUACGAAACGUUAAAUUCCUUGGAUUAAAUGUUUGCAUUGGUUGCUGUUUUUCAAAAUUUAAUUUAUGAAGUCACUUGGGAAGAGAAGCGGCUGAAAUUCAGACUAUAAUUAACUCUCAAUAAUAUGGAAAUAAUUAUAAGCUUAUUAAAGCUUAUAUUAAGUUUAAUAUAGCAGAAGUUUGAUUCUUUGAUUUUAAUCAAUUUCUAUAAUUUUAAACUUAAAUCAAUAUGGCUGUGCAGUAUUGGUUAUGAAUGCUUACUUCUCUUGAUUAAUGAUGUGAGCCUAAUGUGUUAACACUGGGAUAAUCUAAUCUUUUUUAUGGAUUAUUCUGGCUAAUUAAUUUAAAUCAAUAAGGUUUCCAAUGAGCAACCUCAGUCUGCUUUUUACAUAGAAAGAGGAGUAGGUGGAUUGAAAGGAAGACUGAUUUGAAAGAACUUCAAAUCUAAAACUCUUAAAUUUUGCUUGAUUUAAGAAUCAAUUUUGCAUUCUUUGUAGCUGGCAGGAUUAUUUUUGAACUGUUUGCUGACAUCUGUCCUAAGACAUCUGACAACUUUAGAGCAUUGUGCACAGGUAAGGAAGUUCGUAUUAAUGUAGAUACAUGUACUACCACUACCACUACCAACUAUUAUAUUAAUAUUAAUAAUAAUAGUAAAAAUGAUCAUGAUAAUAAUAAUAAUAUCUUUUUUCAUAUUACAUGUAAACAUUAGUGUUUUAGAGUUGAGAUCAGUUGAUGCGUCGUUGGCCAUAUACUCACUUGUAAGUGGGAUGGAGUCAUAAUAUUAAAUUCAUGGUCACUUCCUUUUUUUGUUUAUUUUACUAGUGCAUACAUACAUACACAUAUACAUACAUUUUAUUUGUUACACACGUAUAUCCAUUUUAUUUGCAUUUUAAGAUUGAAGCACUAUUGUAACAUACCCCGCCUUGGGUAGCUAUGCUAAUCUAGAGGGGUCCUGUUUUCAGGAAACAAAUACAACUAAAAAUAAUAACAGUGUUACAGAUAAGAGAUGGGUCUUGGGUCAAUGACCCGACAAAUAAGGCUUCCUGACCUGACAGAUGACGUAUAAAUAUUACACUGUAAGUUAAAUAUAAUGAAAAAUAAUUUUUUCAUUAUAUUUAACUUAACUGACCUUCUCCAGGAAAACGUACACUAACGGUUUUCCGUUUAACGGGUAAAAACUAACGGCUAACGAACGGCUUGUUAACGGCUUUUCUAACGCCCUUAACGGGUUGGCUAACGGUUUGAACGUGUAGGCGAAAAAAUCUAACGACCUACAAAAGCGUUCGAACGGAUUUGCUUUGAUUUUCCUAACGACUUUUUUGAACGUUUCUAACGGGCGGACUAACGGCUUCAAGAAACAAUCAUCUAACGGUCUAAGAGAACGUUUGAUAAAAAUCAAACGUUUCGAGUGAUAACAGCUCAAAGACUAUAAAACAUUAUGCGCGAUGAAAUCAGUUGUACCUGUCUGACAUUUCAAAUCAUCUGAGUCGUCAAUAAAACUCGGGAGACAGACAAGACAUAAAAUUCAGUUAAAAACCCAAUCUUUAAAAUUCGUUUAUUACUCACCAACGUUCGUCCAAGUGAUGGACCAAAAGUCGCAAUGUUACUUCCGUUUCUCGAAUACUACAUGUAGUACGCAAACAUUCACGUGCAUGAGUUCGAAGUUUUCGCUCCUGUCUCGCGCUGUGGCCGUUUUGAAAAUAAGCAAGAGCUUUUCUAGAAAGUAAAUUAUAAAAAUUGAUACAUUUUCCCUGUUCUUGAUCAUAUCUUGACUAAAAAAGCGAAUUUUUACCGCUUCUUGGUUGAUUGCUGCGUUUUAGUUCGAUCGAUCCUGACGAUGUCGCCGUUCAAGUGCAGCAUUGUCAUAGCAACCACUUGCUCAGUCCCAGUCCUUUGAUGUCAUACAGGUAUUCUCAUUAAAAUGUAUUUCCCACGUUUGUCCCACGGAACUUAAAAAACACAGACAAAAAUUAUCCACUUAUUUUAUUUAUUGCUACGAUACCUAACAUUACAAGUCUGAGAGAAAAUCUAAUGGAAAACAAAAGUUCUAAACAUCGAGGUAUACAUCAAACGAGAGAGCAAAUAUUUUAUAAAUACAUAUCGGACACGGAAAGCGAAUCUUUUUACAUUUACAUCAAUCUAGAAAGCUGCAUUUAACAAUAGAUCUAAACAAGAAAGCGAAAUCUAAUUGGGACGCAAAUUUUCGAUACCGAUACGGCCGGAAAUAGCAAAUCUCUGUGCUCGACAUUUGGCAUUUAUCUUGGUUUUCACGGUUCGCCAGCACUUGCCCUCAUCCUCAUCGGGUCCAACCAUCAACCAUCAACAAUGCAUCAAGCGGACUGUCCUGGUACCAAUAGUAAGUUUGCGUGCUUUCGUUCGCUUUCGCUAAGAAUAACAUCCUAUUCUUUUAUUUAUUUAUUUUUUUCAUAAAAAGACAAUAGACGCGGUAACCAGAAUUAGCGGCUUUCAUCCUAUAACUUGAAGAUUCGUACGCUCAACUACAAUUUAUUCGACAUGAUAGUUAUCUUUGUGAAAAUGUGUAAACUGAGAUCGUGUGAAGUGUCCAACAGAAGAAAUGGUUUACUGGCGCCUCCAGGUAAAUAAUCAGAAAACCUAUUCGCUUACAUGUUGCUAUUAAUAGUUUGUUACGUACGUAUGUAAAUGCUCGUGUGUUCAAGUGCGCGAAUGUAGCCUGAACGACAAACGCAUGAAAGUGUGAGAAAACGUAUGUGUUGCAGGUUUUAACCGAGUACAGAUUGGGCGAUAAUCAAACGAAUGUAGAGCGAUAACCUAACGAUUAUAAUUUCAAAGGACAUAAAACAGAAUAAUCAAAAGAACUUCACUCAUUAAACGUUCUAGAAUGCAAAUCUAACGACUUUGCCGAACGACUUGAACGUCCUGGAACGAAAUUUCGAACGACUUUUUCUAACGUUUUGAACGACCUUGACUAACGCCUUUAACGGUUUCUCUAACGCUUCUAACGGCAAGGCAAAUUUUUCUAACGGUUUUACUAACGGCUUGAACGCUUUCCCAAGCCGUUGUAACGCUUAGUUAACGGGUUGUUAACGCUUUAAGCCGUUAAACGGUAAACCGUUAGUGUACGUUUUCCUGGAGAAGGUCACAUUAUUUAGCAGGUGGUCUUGGUGACCCCUCAGAUGGUCUACAUGACCUCCCUCUUGAAAUAAUUAACUGGAACACUGAAUAAGAGGCCUAAAAAAAUGCCAGAAUUGACAUAAUGAUGAGAGUACUAAUAAACUACUGCAAUAAUGCAUAGUUUCAUGAAAUUGCUGAACUCUUAAGGAAAUUAAUGGCUAUUUUUUUAAGUGAUAAACGUGACAUUUCAUGGAAACUUUAGACAAGAUUUUUGGGAUUAACUUUGAACCUGUUUUUUAGGAGAAAAAGGUUUAAGCAGGACUUCUGGGAAGGCUCUUCACUAUAAAGGAUCAGGGUUCCAUCGAGUUAUCAAGGAUUUUAUGAUUCAAGGAGGAGACUUUACUAAAGGUACUUUUAUUUUUAUAUCAAGAUGGUAAAAGAAAAGGCACACUUAAGCUAAAGGCUCAAAUGGCAGGAGCAGCGCCGGACAGAAUGCUAGUCCAAUGCAGGGUUACCCUCCAGCAGUAUGUCGCCAGUGCCCAUUUAUACACCUGGGUGAAGAGAGGCCAAGUGGAGUAAAGUUCCUUGUCUAAGAAAACAAUGCAAUGGGUGACUUUGAACCACAGACCUCCAGAUCCAGAGUUUGAGGUGUUAACUGCUCAACCACACAUAUCAAGAUGGCUCAAAUGGACUUUUCAGAGUUAGAGCCUUAACUAUUGUCAUUAGCAAAGAUACUGGAAAACAAUCUCCUUUAAUAGCUGUAUUGUUACCUAGGAAUUUGUUAUGACUGAUGUUAUUUUGACACAAGAGUUUUCAUCACAAUGUGUAAGUGGCUUGUAAGUGUGCCUAAGUGUAGUUUUUGCAAAAGAAGUUGCAGAUUGUUGCAAUAAAACCUUUUUCGAUGUAUAAACGGUAGGUUCUGUAUCUUUACUUACAUUAAUAAGAUCUUUUUGUGAGAGUUGCGAGGGAGAGGUUUUGUAACAAGAACAGCAGUUUUUCACAGAGUUUUUAAAAGCUUCUGACUAUUAACACCUGAUGCAAGGUGCUUGUUACUUUUCAUGUUCGUAUCAGGUAUUUUUUUGAUCUGUAAAACAUGUACAACAUCAGUCUUCUAGGUAACACUAAGCAAAAUUUUUCCUUGGUUUCUCACUGGACGUGUGUCAAUAAUUUUUUGCCAAAAAUUGCCGCUUCAAUGAUUCUGGCACCACGCGAUUCUAGUAGCGUGAUGAUAAUCACGUAGUGUGCGACAAGAUUCUUAUUGUGUAGGAAAUGAGACAUGACUGGUAACUUACUUUUGAGUGGUACUGUAUGUCAUGUGCUGUACAAAUCAUUCUUUGCAAACCUUUGAUCAAUUAGAGCAUGCAUUUAAAAUUUGUUACGUGAUAAAAUAAAUUAUAUUUUUCUAUUAAUUUGUCUAUCACAGGAAAUGGUACUGGAGGAGAGUCCAUUUAUGGUGGCACAUUUAAUGGUUUGUAGCUUCACAGUAUUAAUCUCAAUAACAGGACGUGCACUUAGAGUCAGAUUUAGUUGCAAAAAUUGAAGAAGCGCAAUUUUUGCUGAGGAUUGAGUAUAGUAAACCUCUAAUAUCUGAAUAUCUGUGUUAUAGUCAAACAGGAAUUUUAUCAGUAGUUUGUCAGGCCUCGUUGUAAACAUAAAAUUGAGUUGACUACGGUGAAACCCUGAUAUAACAAAGAGCCAAGGGACUGGUGAAAUAUGUUAAUGUCUCUGCCCCUUUAUGAUGCAUGUUAAAUGCAAAGUAAUUUAAUUAUAAAACAAAUAAUGACAAGUUGGGAUUAAAUAGGGGAGCACUGCCUUGCGCUAGGUUAGCCUGUGCGACUUCCGGCAAUGGCGUGACCAAAAAACCUCGCGUAUCUCCUCAGCACUACGAACUGAAAGCAAUACAGCACGUGCUGGAUCGAACAAGAGUAUCUUUUUGCAGGACAUAUUAAAUGGCAAUGCAGCCAACAAGCUUGGGGGGAGUGGCUGUGCAGACUUAACUGUAGAGGAGUGUCUCUAGUUUAUUGAUCGCAUAGCACAAAACAAAGCCCAAACCUCGAUUGUCUCCAAAGGGAAGGAGGGAGGGAAAAAUUUUACAAGAAUAGUAUACUGAGCGCUUAAACCUUGCUGAACAAUAGAACCCAAGUGAACUCUGAACAGUUGUUCUUGGCUUUUAUAACAAGACGAACAUCUGCUAGCAUAGCCAGUGGAAAAGGCUGUGCUACAAGACAGCUCAGCAUUGCAUGUGCAAAUUCUUAGCCAUAAAUAGUGCUUUGAAAAUACUGGCCAAUACUGUGGCUCGUAGUAGCCUACUUAAGACAACAAGGCUGUAAAAUUCUACGCUAGAAUACAAUGCAUCUUAGAGCUUGCUGAACUUGACAACUUGACUACACAACUGCUUUAUUGAAAAAGAACCGCAAUGAAAGGGUUGCUGAUAACUAGCAUCACGUUCCAUCAACUACAUUUUACUGGUGUGACAGUGAAAUUUCUUUUUGUUAUAACAAGGUUUCGUUGUAUCGAGGUUAUUUUCCAUAUAUUUUACUAUUACUAUACUGGGGUUAAAAGAAAAUCGUUCAUUAUAUUGAGGACUUUGUUAUAUCAAGGUUCUACUGUUCUGCAAUGACUCUUAUCUCAGGGCUGUCGCUAAAAUUUCAAGUUGCUGGGUAAAUGCAGUUAGUAGGAGGGGAAUUGUACUGAGCUAGGAAUUAGUUCUUUUGGUUCUGUUUUCUUUUUGUUUCCUAUAAGAGAAGCCAGGGCUCACACUCAUAGUACCCAGGUAAAAUCCCCGACCACUGGUUCAUAGUGACAGCCCUGUAUCUUCCAGUGAACUUACACCUUAUGCAAAUCUGUGUCUCACAAUUAUUAUCUUUUACACAAGAUGUUCUCAGGUUUUGAUUGGUUUAUAUUAAUCUGUCAGCCAAUAAUUCAGCUUGCUUAUGAUGUGGAGAAUGAAACAAUGUUAUGCAAUAUUGGAUUAUGCAUUAACAUUACAGAUCUCAGCAUUAUGACACUCUCAUUGAUCUUCAUUACUAUAACAGUAAAAAGGGCUUAAUUUGCUUAUCAAUAAUAAGCAAAUUACACCCUUUUUUCAGGAAACCCUUAUUUUAUUAUUAAUAUUAUAAAGCUGAUCUAAUGGGAUGUAUAUUUUUAACUGCGUAUAACAUAACAUAACAUACAUGUUUAUUCAAACUCAUAAUGACCACAUGAAUUUGAAAGGGAGAGUCUAGAGGUUAACCCUAUGAAUAAAACUCUCCUAAAAACAACAAACAAUAAAAAUUACAAUAAAAAUUACAAUAAAAAUUACAACUUUAAAAAGGAUUUGAGUUUACAUUUAAAAAGUUCAAGGGAACCGGCUUCAACAACAUUACUAGGUAAAUUGUUCCAGUAACUAAUUACAUUGUUAAAAAAAGAAUAUUUAAAACAGUUGAUUCUAGAUAAUUUACAAUAAAGCUUAUACGAGUGAUUUGCCCUAGUGGAUUUGACUUUUGCGAAUUGAAAGAAUUCCUCAAAAUCCAAGUGUGAUAAGCCAAACACGAUCUUAUAACAUUCAACAAGAGAGGAAUAUGUCCUACGACUGGACAAAGAUGGCCAAUGUAACGAGUCACAACGCUCUUCAUAAGACAUAUCACCUCUUUUUUGCCUAAGAGCUAAUCUUGACGCGCGUCUUUGCACGCUCUCUAUUGCAUGAAUAUCUUUGACAAGAUAUGGGUUCCAGACUGGAGCAGCAUACUCUAGAAGUGGUCUGGCCAAUGUUUUGUAAAGCAAUGAAAAAGUUGUUGUAUUAGCUGUUCCAACAGACCGUCUUAUUAGCCCUAGGACUUGGUUCGCCUUAUUCACCAUGGUAGUAAUAUGUUCACUCCAAGUAAGAUCUUUUGAUAUAAUAAUUCCAAGAUCUUUAAAGCUCUUGACAUCUUUUAAGGCCGUACCUAGUUUAUAAUUCGUAGUCGAUUUGUCACGAGAAUGCGUUAUUCGCAUUGCUUCACACUUUUCCUCAUUGAAACGAAGUUGCCAUUUUUUCGCCCAUUUACCAAGAUUAUUCAAAUCAGUUUGAAGGUAUUGUUCAUCGAGACUAGGGUUGCGAAGCUCUCUGUAAAUCUUAGUGUCAUCCGCAAAUAAUUUAAUUUUUGAAGAGACACUAUCAACGAUAUCAUUUAUAUAUGAUAGGAAUAAAAUUGGACCAAGAAUAGUUCCCUGUGGGGUACCAGAUAUCACAGGUGCCCAAUCAGAAAAAAGUCCCUCUUACAACAACUCGUUGCUUUCUACACGUGAGGAAAUGCCUCAACCAGUUAAGAAGUUUGCUCUCAAUACCGAGGCUAUAUAACUUUAUGAGUAGACGCUCAUGAGGAACACUAUCAAAAGCCUUUGCGAGAUCAAGAAAUACAACAUCUGUUGCUACAGAUGAAUUCCUAGAUUUGGCGAAGUCAUGAAAAGUAGAGAGUAAUUGGGUCACAGUAGACCUACCCUGCAAAAAACCAAAUUGGUUUUUGUUUAUCACGUUAUGGUCUUGCCAAAAUGACGUUAACCUAUCGCGUACGAUUUUUUCGCUGAUUUUGCAUAUCAUGGAUGUAAGGGACGGUUCAUUAUUUAUGGGAAUGACCGGGUCGGGAAAAAACCGAACGGGCUUUGAAAAUUUUUCUUGCCGUGGCGACGGGCUUUGUGUUUUUUUCUUGAACAAAGAGACCGGGCUUUAAAAAAAAUCAACAUAAGCUAAAACUGUGGUAGAAACGCGGCAGUCGUUUGAUGAGAACAACACAUGGAAACUGUAUUCGUCGUUGAAAAUUCACCCGGUAAAUUGUCGUACUUUCAUAUCAAAUAAAUAUUGCUACAAUAUUUUUGGUAAUGCAGGGAUAUACCCGCAAGAAAAAGCUCGCGCUUUGCGAUCGAACACUCGAGAAUUUUGACAGGCCACGGAAUGACACAAAUGUACUUUGUGAGCUGCUCUUUUGUAGUUGUUUAUAUUCCUUGACAUUUCAGAGCUUGUAAUCAAAUUAGAAUUUCAAAUGAUGCAUGGACAAGGAUUUUAAUCAAAGUGAACUCCAACGGUUGGAAUAUUAAAUCUUCGGACUCCGCCAGACUGUACACAAGAAAACAGGAUGUUUUGAUCGAGGAUCUCAAGUUGCAACUCCUACUGAAUUGAAAAUAUUUUUUCUGCACGCACCACAGUGCCGCGGAGUCUGCCAGCCAAGUUCCGUUUAUUUCAUGCAAAAAUAGGUUUACAUUCUUAUCUGUCUCGGAAAUAAACUUUUAUUAUUUAAAAACGUGAACAAUUUUUGUAUCUUGUAAAUGUGACAAGCUGUGACAUUAUAAAGCUGUUCAUUCAUACUUAAAAAGACAACUGAGCAGUCCGCAUAGUCUUUGAUGCCUAGCGUCUUGUGUUAAUUUUCACUGAUGGAACAAUGAUAAAGCUAAUCAGAAUCUUCGUCUGAAGCCUGGGAAGCGGAAGUAUAUCCUUUAAAAGUUUUUACUUUCUCACGCAUGAUUUCGAGUCGUUCAUCUAUCUUGACCGCGUCUUCGGCAAAAAGACCUUCCUUCCUUAAAAAAAGGAGGGAGUUAUAUAAAAUAUUUGGCAAACGAUGAAAUGCCUCAAGCUGGAUGGCAUUUGUUAACGUGCACUUUUCACAGAUGUUACUAAAUUAUUGUUUGUAUUAAUCGCUGAACUCGUUUGAUAGCCGUUUGCUGUCUCGAACGGCGCACAGUUGUGUACUUGAUCCGAACAUGCACCAGUUGCUCUAGUCGUAAAUAAACAUUGAAUGAUUUUCACAAGGUACUCACUUCAAUUUGAACGGGCUACGAAAAAACAAAAUGCCUUUUGGGCGGGCUUUAGAAAGAAAGAGGAAAGCUAUUAUUUUUUUCCCAACCCGGUCAUCCUCAUAAAUAAUGAACCGUCCCUAAGCGAAAUUGGUCGAUAAUUCUCCCUCAAGUGUUUAGAACCUUUCUUAUGAAGUGGGACAAUGUCAGCUGAUCUCCAAUCUUCGGGCAAAUGGCCCAGCAGGAAAGAUUUGUUAACCAGAAAUGAGAUCGAGGGCGCCAAUUCGAACGCACAUGAUUUUAAAAUUACUGGUGAAAUUCUGUCUGGACCCGGGGACUUGUUCGUUUUAAGAGACUUAAGAUGCUUUAAAAUUUCCUCAGUAGUACAGGAUAUCUAAAUAAUAUAUGAAAAUAAUUAAUUUUUUUGUUAACUGGGGUUGAAACUUAUGAGAAAUACAAGCAUGUAAUUGUGAUAACUGCAGUGAUUUACUUGUCAUAUUAAGUUUUUCAUUUUUUUGUUUUGCAGAUAACAGAUGAAGGAUUCCAUCUUAAGCAUGAGACAGCAAUGUUGUUGUCCAUGGCUAACAGAGGUCCAAACACUAAUGGUUCUCAGUUUUUUAUGUAAGUAUUUGAUCUUUUAAGAGAUGGAAACCACCCUAUAAUUUGAAACCAAGUAUAAAAUUCAACUGCUCCUGAUCACUCAAAGAUUGGAUAAAUGUAGUGCUAUCCAAUGUAUAAAUUAAUAAUCGCUAUGGAGUGGUUAGCGUGUCAUGAAAUCCAAUUGCCUUGCCCUCUGGAUAGUAAUUUACCUGAUGAAUAGCAUUACCCACCUUCUGAGCAACUGGACACUGUUAACUUAAUUACACUGGCAAAAAUGGUUCAGUUCUUCUUGAAUUUCCUGCUGUUGUCUAAUUUUCCCCUCCUUUAAUUCUCAAUUCCUUCCUUUUCUCAAGGCCCCAGGUUCAAGUUUAAAAGAGGGUUUAUGUACUUCAAUGUAUCAACUUGAUAAUAUUAAUCUCUAUCCAGUCGUUGAUCCAGUUGUUUUCCCUAAUUAAUACUUAUCCACUGGAUAUUAAUUUAUCUGCUAAAUAGCAACCUGAUCCAAGGAGUGAACAACUUGGGUCAGAUUUCAGGUCUUCCAACUGGCAUCUCUGUGAUACAUAACAAUAUUGUAGUGUGAAUAAAGACAAAGUUUUAGUGUUUUAAUUUUUUAUAGUGUGUUUAUUUUGCUUUUCACAGAACAACUCAGCCUGCCCCACAUCUUGAUGGGUAAGUUUUCUUUUAACUUGAUUCAGCUGUUCUUAUUGACAGAAAGGAAAUUUCUGUUAGCAUUAUGACAUUAUUGGUACAGACAAGACAGUGUUUCACAUGGUUUCAUUUUUUCAAUUUCAAUACCCAAAUAUAAAAAAGGGCAUCAAAUUUUGCGAUAUUAUUUUUCAAACAUCUGAAUUUUUAAAAGAUAUCAAGAUAAACUGUAACAAACAAAAUGCAUAUUAACAUUAUUCCACAACAGAGUAAAAAUUACCGGUAAAACCAGUUAACAAUUUGUUGUCGAUACACCUAGGCUCUACAGUAGAAACAGUUGUUGUUAUUAAAUCUUAAAAUCAUUUUAUAUGAUUUGAAUUUUCUGUGGGUAUCAAAUAUUAAAAUUUUUUGCAUGUUAUCAUUUUGUGAGGAUAUUUAUUCACGCAAACAAAUUGUGUGAAAUAAAAAAAUGCAAAAUUAAGUAAUGACAUUGUACAUGUCUUGUGUACAUAUGCAUUUUUCUUUGUUGCAGUGCCACUCAAAAGCAAGUCAGAGAUCAAUGAUUACCCACACUUCAAUUGUUUCUCUUGCUAAUAUUGUGGUAUAUUUAUUUUAUUUCUAAUAUUCACGUGAUAUUUGGCCAUGUAUUGCGAGGUCAGGAAAUAGUAUCAGAGAUAGAGAUUCAAAGAGUUGAUGACAAGAGUAGGCCCUUAGUGGAUGUAAAGAUUAUCAACUGUGGUGAACUUAUUCCAAAAGCAAAGGCUAAAGGUACAGGAUAUGUUUCCAUAGACUAAAUUUAUGUACAGAACUGUGCUCUAACAGCAGUGCUGCCCGCUGACCCCUGGCAUCAUACUUUUGUUCUUGGGUGAUGUCUUACUGUUAUUUGUUAACUUUCAGCUGCAGAGAAGAAAGUCAAAAAGAAUAGAAGGAAAUCUAAGCGACAUUCUGAUGGCAGCUCCUCAGAUACUGACUCUUCAUCCAGUUCUGGAUCAGAAUCAGACAGUGAUCAGUCAUCAAUUGUUGAGUGGCAGAAAAAGAAACGCAUAAAAAAGAAAAGGAGAAAAAAGAUGAGUGAAUCUGUAAAACGCAAGGACAAGAAGAAAGCAAAGAAGAAAAAGAAAGAGAUAAAAGACAGGUAAGUGGCUGUAACUACACCACAAAUACAUCAAUACACAAACAUUUAACAAAUACAUACAAAAAAUGCAAAUCUGGUAAAAAUGAAUACUGUGAAUAAAAUAAUUAAUGACGUAAUAAAAAAAUGCAUAGACAUAUAAUUUCAAAAAUUAAUAUUGUUCGCAAAAAGUACAGCAUUCAAUAAUUCAUUCAUUACACUCAAAUGACAACAUGUACUUGUAGAUAGAUUUGGUUGCGUAGCAAAAAGGACUGAUAGAGCCACUGUGCCGAGUGCAGAGCAUAACCAUGGCAAUCAACAUGUUGAAUUCCAAACAAGUUGAGGAGUAAGGGCAAGUCAAAGAGGUUAGGGAGAAAGUAGCCUGUGUAGCAAGCGUUUUUGUGUGGUUUCAGAGCAAAGAAAGAUGGAGGAAUGACAUGGAAAAGGAUUUUUGGUUUUGGCCGCACCAAAAAUAGAACAAGAGCAAACUCUUGCUACGCAGGCUAGGGAGAAAGAAGGGAAAACAAUAUAUUAUUUUUUCUCCCCUCCCCCUUCUUGCAUCCUUUUUUUACCCCAUGACUAGUCCAAGAGUUGCUAUUUCUAUUCUCCCCUGUCUUUCUCAGUGGUCAAAGAUGGCAGCCAUGGCAAUGCAGACAAACAUUUUUUGCCCACCUUAAAAAUUUGUCUGCAUUGCUGGCUCCCCUGAGAGUAUUUACACAUACCUCGCACUAACCCAGGGUUAUCUUAACCCAGCUUUGAACAAACCUGGCCAAGUAAGUGAUAAGCAAAGGAAUCUCUGGCUACAUUUGAGGUCCCAUAUUACAUAAUAAUGUUGCUUUUACGCCCCCUUCCCUGUUAGUGAAAUAUUGACACUAAUAUCAGCAAUUAAUUUGAAUUCCAGUCCAGGAGAUGCUAAACCAAAGAGUCCUGAACCUUUUAGUUCAGUGGCUGUGGAUGAGAUCCCAGAUAUUCCCAAUAAUUCUUUUCUAUUGAGAAGAAGCCGCACCCCCUCCCCUGUCAGGGAAAAGAGGCUUCAGCAGGCAAAAAAUAGGUAUGUUUCCUCUGAGGUACACCUGACCUUAAUCAUUUCUACGAGAGCUGGACUCAUUCCCUUUUCGGUGCAUAAUUAUCAUGAAUUAGGAAUUUUUGAGCAUGUAAGUCCGUACUAAAUUUGCAAUGAUAAAUUUUGCCCAAGGCAAAGCUGUUUCUUUGUUCAAAGCUGUGAGGCAUAUACUAAUAAAAUUAAUUGUGACAGACAAAAGUACUUUGGAAUGGCAAGACAACUAGAUUUCAUCCACGGACUCAAAACUAAGAACUGCAUUUCAUCCAAAAUGCCUGAUUACACACUAAGGUAAUGGUACCAUGUGAAAGUACUACUGAUGGAAGAGAUUUCAUUUGAAUGGUCACACCAUAGGAUUUCAUCCACAGACUCAAAAAUUAAACUACAUAGUACCAUGUGAUAGUACUGCUGAAUUGAUUCUGAUGACAAAUGGUUCAGAAAAAGUUGAUCAGAUGUUGAGAGAUAGAUGGCAGUAGUAUCUUCAAGUUGUUUAUAUUAUUUUCUGUUUGCAUGACCACAGGAAAAGUAAGUCUCCUCCCGGGUAUAAAGCUCCGCCUCAAAGUAAUUCACAGGAAAGGACCAGGGUAUGUACACCUGCUGAAAUGAUAUUGUUUGGGAGAUCAGUAGACCUUAUUUCAUUGUAUCCACCAUCUUCGCAUGCACUUCAGGACUGAUAAAUCACGUGACAUUGCAUUUAUCCCAUCAACCCUUGAACACGUGCGAAGAUGGUGGUUGUUGUGAAUAAGGUCUAUACCUUCAAUAGAAAAUAUCCACAAUCAUUAAUAAAACAAUUACAUCCGAGUCUUUUGGUUCUUAAAAUGAAGCUUCGAUUCUGCGGGGAACUAUUUUUCUUUCUUUUAACACAAUUAUAAAACUUUUUACCCUCUAUCAUCUAUCUCUGUCUGUUUUUCUUAUCGGCAGGUUUCCAGGUCGGGAAGGAUUCUACGAGGACGAGGAAAUAUGGUGAGGAAAUUCCCCUGGUAUUAGUUUAAACUUCCUCACGAGAAAAACAAUACACCAGUAGAAAAGGAAAUCACCAACUAAUGAAUCAUUUAGGAACAAAACAAGGCAAAACACAUAUCUGAAAACCCACUACAGUGUACCCCCCCCUCCCCCCCUCCCCCUUCCGCCCCUCUAAGCAAAGAACCUGGCCCGAGGCUACUCCAUCGGUUUAAAACAGAACUUAAUCACGUGAUUUUUAUUUUUCAGCGUUAUCGCACACCCCCGCCUUCUUCUUCAGAUGAAACGCGGAACAUUUCGCGCCGUUUUCCCCUACCUUUGGUGACUCGGUCAAGGUCUCCACGCAGGCGUACAAGGUCUCCUAUGCGUCGUUCACGAUCACCAUUUAGACAGUCGAGGUCUUCUCGAGAACGCUCUAGAUCUCCCCGUCGACGCUCGAAUUCUCCUCGAAGACCCCCGAUGUCUUCUCGAAGACGUUCGAAGUCUCCACGAAAACAAUUAAAUUCCUCACAGAGACGCUCGCUGUCACCUCAAAGACCCCCGAUGUAUUCUCGACGACGGUCGAGGUCCCCACGAAAACACUCAAAUUCCCCACAGAGAUGCUCGCCGUCUCCACGGAGACACUCGGGGUCUCCGCGACAACGCUCGAGGUCUCCUCGAAGACAUUCGAAGUCCCCACGAUCACAGUUACUUCAGAGAACAGAUAGCAAACAGCAUAUGAAAGACCGUGAAUCAGCGGAAAGAGUAAUGAAACAGAGCUACUCAGUAAGAGAUGGUAAAAGCAGUGAUAAAUUUGCAACAGUUGAAACACGAGGUGAAAGGAACUCAAAUGAUGAAAAAGCUAACGAAUGUUCACCUGCAACUGAAGAGCGCUUUCCAGAAAGGCGACGGGAAGAAGAGGGAAAGACCUUUGCAAAUGAAGGCUAUGCAAGGUCAAAGUUUUCUUCAAUCAAUGAAACUGGCAGACACAGGAGAGGAGAAAAAACUAGCAGUAACAGCAACAGUGAGGAAUUUGAACAAGAAAGUCGAGACAUUUUGUACAGAUUGGAAAAACAGAGCCAUCUUGCGUGUAAAGAAGACACCAGGGACAUACGGAGACCAAGUUCAUACUCGAACGGUGACGAGCAGACAUGGAGAAGCUUAGCCCGUGAUUAUGAGUCUGAAGAAGGUCAUGGAACUUUGGAGGCACAAAGUUAUGCACCCAUUCCA